CCCCUUUUGCAGCCCUCUCUGCCUCACUGCCCUGAACCCCUCUUUUAAUCACUCCAUCCUUUCACCUUCUUGCUCCUGCACUCCCUACUGCUGCUGCUGCUGUUGUUGCUGCUGCUGCUACCCAAGAGCAGGUCUCCAUGGUGAUAACACCCCCCCAUCCAUUCCUGCAUCCUCCUCCCUUCAGCCUAAGUGACAUGCCCAUUGUCCAAUCCACAACCCGGGCUGCAUGGGAGGGCUUUGAUCUCCAUCAAUUUCUCUGCUACCCGAAGAGCAAGGUUUCCGAAGGGGGGGGGAACACCCAGCCUCCUUCCCCCCUUUUUCUCUUCCCCUCUUUUUCCCCCUCUUUCCUUCCUUCCUCCUUCCUCCUUUCAACUGGGAUUUUAGGUUUUUCUCCUUCACCUCUUCCCCACCCCCCUCUUCCCCACACAUCUGCUUCCUCCUGUUCCCUCCCCCUCCCCAUGUGAGAUCACCUAUUGUUACAAUGGCUUUCUUCGCCCCCCCUCCAUCCUUGCCGCCACUUCUCUUCAGCCACCUUUGACUAUCCUCUGCCCUCCCCUCCCUCUUUAUUUAUUCCAUUUCCCAUCUCCUCCCCUUCCUCGGCAACGAGAGAAGAUGAUGCCUGGGGAUGAGAUCCAGGUAGCAGCCAGCCAAGCGGUCGCACAUCCUCCGAAGGAUGCAGGCGACACAACGAUCUGUUGGGUACCAUUGUUCUUGGCGUCUUCGGCUCUGCUCCAUCCCUUCUGAUGACUGAUGCCCACCGUGUCUCUGCUUUUCUGUGCAUUGCUGGGUGGCGAAUCUCUCCCUCCCUCCCUCUCUCCCCCUCUCUCUCCACCCCCCACCCUGCACCUACGUCUUGAGACCUCUCCCCGCCUUCCUGAUCCAUGAUCCCAGACUCCCCCUAAGAUGCUAAGACAAGGCCCCUUCCUUCUCCUGGCUGCGUCCAUGUCGUAUUUCAACCCAGAGAAAGCUUUGGCAGCGCCUUCGGAAAACGAUGGUUUGUCCCAAGGCCGGGCUCCCCUGGCCCCUCCCUAUGCUGUGGUCCUGAUCUCCUGCUCAGGCUUGCUGGCCUUUAUCUUCCUGCUCCUCACCUGCCUGUGCUGCAAGCGGGGCGAUGUGGGGUUCAAGGAAUUUGAGAACCCUGAUGGAGAAGAAUAUUCUGGAGAAUACACACCACCUGCAGAGGAGACGUCCUCCUCUCAGUCUAUCCCGGAUGUCUACAUUCUGCCUCUCUCAGAGGUCUCGCUCCCGUCCUCCAACCAGCAGAUGCCCAAAACAGAUCUAGUUAAACACUUGGGACUCAGCAGACAACACCUCAGUUAUUUGCAGGAGAUUGGAAAUGGCUGGUUUGGAAAGGUAAUCCUGGGUGAAAUAUUCUCAGAUUUCACCCCUGCACAGGUGGUAGUGAAGGAGCUACGGGUGAGUGCUGGGCCACUGGAGCAGAGGAAAUUCCUGUCAGAGGCCCAACCAUAUCGAAGCCUCCAGCAUCCAAACAUAUUGCAAUGCCUCGGCCUGUGCACAGAGACCAUCCCUUUCCUGCUCAUCAUGGAAUUCUGCCAGCUGGGAGAUCUGAAACGUUACCUUCGAGCUCAGCGCAAAGCAGACGGGAUGACCCCUGACCUUCUGACCCGUGACCUCAGCACACUACAGCGCAUGGCUUACGAGAUCACUCUGGGAGUGCUACAUUUGCAUAAAAACAACUACAUCCACAGUGAUCUGGCCCUUCGGAACUGCUUGCUGACCUCUGACCUCACAGUGCGCGUUGGAGACUAUGGCCUGUCGCACAACAACUACAAGGAAGACUAUUACAUCACUCCGGACCGGCUCUGGAUCCCUUUGCGCUGGGUUGCCCCGGAACUGUUGGAUGAGAUGCACGGAAGCCUCAUUGUGGUGGAUCAAACCAAGCAGAGCAAUGUCUGGUCUAUGGGGGUGACCAUCUGGGAGCUUUUUGAGUUUGGCUCCCAGCCUUACCGCCACCUCUCUGAUGAGGAAGUGCUGACCUUUGUCGUCAAGGAGCAGCAGAUGAAACUGGCCAAGCCACGCCUUAAGCUUCCUUACUCUGACUAUUGGUAUGAGGUCAUGCAGUCCUGCUGGCUCCCGGCUUCCCACCGCCCAACCAUGGAAGAGCUGCACUUGCAGGUGAGCUACCUGUUGAACGAGCGCUCCAACGCUCAGGCGGAGGAGAGCUUCGAGUGGCGCUGGAGCGCCCUGAAACCCAAGCGCUCCUCUUCGCCGCCCCCGGCCUCCUCUUCUUCCUCGGCGUGCCACCGCCGCCCCUCAGGAGAGAUCUCAGCCUACCCGUUGCUGGACGGGUUCCACGGCGGCGACAUGGACGACAUCCUGACGGUGACAGAGAGCAGUGGGGGGCUGAACUUUGAGUACAUGUGGGAGAAGGCCCGCCUGGGGCGGUGGAAGGGCCCUGCCUCGGCACCGCCCGACUACCCCUCCAGCAAUGGCGGGCUGGCAGUGCCGGGCAGCAAUCCUUUCUACGAACAGGCAACGCAGCGUGGGCACAGCCUGGAGACACCCAGCGUCGUGCCCGUCAUCAGCGCCCGCAGCCCCUCCGUCAGUAGCGAGUAUUACAUCCGCCUGGAGGACCAUGGCAGCUGCGAGGGGCCCGUCUGCGCCCCCAGCCCUGGAUCCCCACCCCAGCCUCUCUUUCCCUCAGAUUGGGACUCCCACGGCGCCCCCUACCGGCCGCAGGAGCAGCCCAGUACCAACCCCUUCUUGGCCGGGGGCGGCGGGGACAGCAACCCCUUCCGCGUAGACGGCGAGAUCCAGGAGACGUCCCUGACCGAGACCCCGACGUCGGGGGGAGAGGCGUUUCUAGCAGAGUCCCUGCUCACAGUGUACCGUGAGCUGGAGGACCAGCAUCGCAGCUGGGAUGCUGAGAUGAUGGAGGAAAGAGGGGCAGGGGAGACGCUGGCCGGGGACCCCUCGGAGUUCCAGGGUUCGCCCUCGUGGGAACAGGAGCCGUCACUGAUGGAGGACCAGAGCUCUGGCAGCAGCACCGACGGGGGCGGGAGCAGCAUCGGGGGCGGGCGCCACAACCUCCUGCCGUGCCCGCUGUGCACCCGGGCACGUUGCACGUGCGCCAUCCCUCGGGGGGACAUGGUGAGCGGCUGGAGCAACCACGGGCCGCCCCUGCGGCGCCCUCACCGCGACAGCUACGGCACGGAGGACGACUCCUCGCUAAAAGUGGAGCGGGGCUCCCUAUCUGACUGUCCAAUGCUGCCCCCUAGAGACUGCGAUGGGGAUGGCGGGGAGCGCAGAGAAUUCUACGACCCACUGAUGGGCACGGCGGUGAAGACCUAUGAGCUCCAAGACUACCCGAAGCAGAGAGGCGGGGGGAGCGCUCGCCCACCUGGGUCACCCUUCCCGGCCCUGCCGUCUGGCUGCUGCAAUGUGAUUGUUCCGGUGGAGAUACCACCAUUGUCUACCCUAGCCGAAAGCAACGAUGAGGAGACCAUCGCGAUCCUCCCGGAAGUCAUCGAUGGAUUCUCCACUGGCCCAGUGACCUUAAGCCUCUCCCCCGCGGUACCAGACCGGCAACGGGGAACCCUAGACUCAGUGGAUUCCUUGGACAUUCCUUCCAACACCAGCUCCUCGGACGUCUGCAGCCCAGCAUCCCACUACUCCUCUCCGGGGCAAAAGUUUGGCGACAGCGGCUACGAAACGGAGAGCACCUUCUCACCCGAGUUCAUCUUCAAAGAGGAACCGCCACCGCCACCUUCUGGAGAAGAGGAAGAAACAGAGGCAGAAGAAGAUUCCGGCAAACUCCCGACAGCAUCCAUCUCUCAGUCCACUAGUGAUCUUACCUUGUCAGUAAGUGAAGAAGGGGCGGAACUAGAGGAGGAAAUAGGGAGGAGCCUGGGGCUAGCAACACCUCACCGGGACUCAGCCUACUUCUCUGAUGGGGAGGGAGAACCGGCUGAGGCACCAGCUGCUGCUGGGCCUGAGGGCAGGAAGCCCACAGAGAAGGUGACGGUAGACGGAGGCUUUGUGGUCCAAGUGUGCAAGGAGCAGCUGAUGGUCACACUGCAAGAGAAUGUCACACGCAACCUACUCUGUAAUCAGAGCAGGCUGCCGACUCUGAGGCUUUCUCCAGCGGCUCCCUUGAAGGAGCAGGCUGUUCUCAGGCUGUGGACCUUAGAGCCAGAGGAGGGGAAGGAGACGGAGGAGGAAGAGGCCAAGAAAAGCCAUAAUGGAGAUGCAACGGACUCCCAGUGGCCAGAAGGGGUGGAAGAUAAAGUGGAGGAAGAGGAGGAGAAGGAGAAGCAGCAGCAGCAAGAAGAGGGAAGAGGAGAUUCUGAAAAGUUGCUGUCAGAGCUGGAGGAGGAGGAGGAGAAAAGGAAAGAAGGGGAGAUGCCAUGCCAGAUGGAGACCCAAAGUGUAGCAGUGCCCAUCGUGGUUGAAACACAGGAUGCUGCCAAGGAAGACAGAUAUGUAGCAGCUGAGCAGCCCAAAAAGGAUCAGGAACCUGGCGUCCCUGCGAACCAAGCCAGUGAGGAUAUCAAAGCCAAGCUCUCCCGCUUAUCUCUGUCGCUUCCCCCUCUGGCCUUGCAGACGUUCCCCCCGCUUGGCGGGGGAAGGAAAGGGCCAUUCUGGGAAGGAGCGGCUUUGGGGGAGGGUCCAGCGCUGGGAGGGAGAGAGGCUGCCAUAGCGGCAGAGGAUGAGGAGGAAGAUGAUGCUGAAGAGGAAGAGGAUGGAGGCCUGGCUGGAGGCGGAGGGCAGGGUGUCCCCAUUGUGGUGAGCGAAAGCGAUGACGCCCGUAACUUGCGUGGCCUCCUCAAGUCACCACGCUCAGCUGAGGAGGCGGCGGCUGAGCUCGACCGUAAGCGGAAGAUGGUCUCCUUCUUUGAUGAUGUCACCGUUUACCUCUUUGAUCAGGAGACACCAACCAAUGAGCUGAGUUCCCAGGGAGCUCCAGAUGGUGAUUCCCCCUCCCCUGGUUCAAUGGCAGAACCAGGACUUGAUGCCUUCCCUUCUGCUGAUGGCUUCAGUGGCAGUUUUGAGUGGGAUGAUGACUUCCCCCUGAUGGCUCAGAACCCAUCCUACGUCUCCGUGGUGCCCGACCCCAACGCAGCCAAGCCCCACCCGGUCAUGUCGUCGCCUGUGCCCAUGGCCCCUGCCUUGCUGCCAGCAGCCAAGCGGGCUGAGUCCGGCCUUGUGGAUGCCCUGAGGUUCUCUCGCUUCACCGUCUCUCCUGCCCUUGAGCCACACCUUUCUUCAUCCUGUGACACUGAAUUGGGACCCACGGCUGAUCCCAUUGAGAACUGAGACCAAGUAGAAAUCGGACAACCCCGCCUCUUCUUCUCUCGACAUUCAGGGACGACGCCCAGUCAUCCAGUUGACUUGCCCAUGAUGCCAAGAUUUCACCGCCAGUUCCUGUGGCGGACGGACAGACAGAUGUGUUUGUGUGUACGUGCGUUUGCGUGCAUGGUGUGUUGGGGGGGCCAUUGUUGCUAACUGGAGCCUGACAUCAUAGGGACUGGUUUUGCCCUUCCUCUCCUGCCCAGCAACUCAGCCCCACUUCUGGGGAAGGGGCAGAACUUUUUGUAUAAACAAUCAUGAGCCAAUGAGUGAUGAGGAGGGGGGCAUCUCCUCAAUUUUAGGGGCCCCUGCCCAGCACUGGCUAUUGAAUGUAUAACCCUUGUGCCCCCUCCUGGCUUUCCUUCAGCAAUCUGAUAUGUCCCUUAUAAGGACCCUCUGUGCCAAAUUGAGAGGGUUGGGUUGGGAAACAGGGGUUUCCAGGAAGUGGCGUCUGACCUGCUCAUGAGCCUUCUUCUGCAAUUCCCCGAACCUCAUCAGCUGCAUCUUGGAAUGUGGAACAUGGCUGCCAAUUUAAAACAACGACACCCUUUUUGUGCCAAAUGGAACUGAAUAGGGCUGGUGAUCCUCCCCUUUUAACCAGCGUUAUAUACAAAAGAAAAGACCGUUGAUUCAAACCUCGAGACAGAGUUUUGUCGGCAAAACUUCAUCACCAAGUCAGACACGCGGCCUUGGAAUUACCAGCGGACAAUUGGACUCCACAAGGCAGGUGGAUGAGAUUUGGUUGGGUAGGGGCCCUUUGAUCUGACACCUCCGCAAGGGCAUGAUCCAGAAGUAUCGUUUUUGAGAAGAGACGCACAUUGGCUCAGCACUCAUUGGGAUGAACCGACAUGGGAGGAUGUUGACUUGGUCACAACAUCUACUUAGUGGCCAUAUAAUGGACAGCCAUGGGUUAAUUGUCCCAGGCUGGUUGGUGUGUCAUACAUGGGGAAAAAAUAUCCAUCACUCAUACUUAGCGUUGACAGAGAUGGCUAGCUUUUAUUGGGAUUGGCCUUUUCCUGACCUUCCCAGCCCUCCACUGGUUGAUAUUGGGAGGUUAAUAAAGGCUACUGGGCCCUACUGGGAUACAGUUGAAAUCACUGGAAGUUCCAGGGAUUUGCGGAGCCACCAUUCAAUUGUGCCAAAAGCACCACGUGAAGACUGAGAUUGUAUUAGGAGUGGAACGGGGAGCUUGGAGGGGUAGGGAAACUUUUGAAGUUAUCUAUUCCGCGAACAUCUUGAGGUGAUGGAUCUGCUCACUCUCUUCUCUGCUUGUAGUGGCAAUAUUUGGAUACGUGAAGCAUCGGUGUGGGGCAGGGAUGGGGAACCUGUGGCCCUCCAGUUGUUGUUGGAUUCCAAUGGCCAUCACCCCUAGGGAGCAUAGACAACUGUCAGGGAUCAUGGGGGUUGGAGUACAGCAACAUCCGGAGGCUGACACAGGUUCCUCAUCUUUUGUGUGAGGCAGUAUGUGGGUUGGUCUUGUGGAGUGGGCAGAUAUAUGCAUGAACCUGCCUUCCAGGCUGGGUGGGUGGGAUUAGAUGUCGACUUCCUCCUGAGCUCUCGCAGCAUUGAUUUCUGAAGUAAAAACUCACUGGACCACAAAUGGCAUAUUGCUGGUUUGGGUCGUGCCUACAAUAAGAGGCAGUCGGUUUUUACUUGGCAGUUUGAUACAAGCUCAUUCUGCCCUUCUAGGGGAAGGGUUGAUUUAGGGUGCUAACUCCUUCCUUCCCCCACCCCUCAGAAAGAAUUUUUCUGCCCAAUUAAGAGACAGGUAUUUAAUUCUGAACUUGGGGUGCAUGUGUAUGGGAGAGAGAUAAUAAAGGAGGGAAAGAAGGUGAACAGGAACUCAGAAUUACCUACCAGGAGGCAAGACAGAUGACCAACCAAAUGCUACAGGGAGAUGCCAAAGCAGGGCAUGCUGGGAACAUCCAUUGCUGGUUUGUGGCAGAGAUGCGCCAUCUUUGAAACUAGAGCUUGCACCUGCUGGCUUGCAGAGCUAGCAGCCACAGGGAGACUCAUCCUCUACUUGCUUAACGCAAGGGGUCUGGAGAGAUGGUGAAGCAAAGCCAACAAAUGCACUUAACAGAGAGGAGGAGAGCUGGCAUAUUUCCAAGCGAGCUGGUGUGCUUAUGAGCACAUGAGCUGAGAGGCAGGAAAGCAAGUAGCUGCAAACUGGCCUUUAUCCUGAAAUCAAAUUGCUUUAUUUGGUCAGCCGGGCAGAAGUGUGUCCUCUGACCUGCAGUGAACUAGCAGCUGCCACAGUGCCCUCUAGCUAUAUCGAGUGGCUAAGGUGGCAAUCCUAACAAUCCCUGCCUGGGAGUAAGUCCCUUUUCAUUCAAGAGAGCUUACUUCUGAGCAGGCACGUAUGUGUACCUAAGAGCAGGCUAGCAUGUGCUUCUUUUGUCAAGCUAUCGCAGUGUGGCAAGGAAGAUAAGGCCCUUCAGUCUGGCUACCAGAGCCUCUCAUUUGAGCCUCCUGCUGCCUUAGACCAGCCAAUCCCUCCCCAAAGGCAUUUAAGGCACUCUGCUCUCCUGAUAGGUCAUAGAAUCAUAGAAUUGACAACUUGGAAAGGACCACAAGGAUCAUUUAGUCCAACCCCCUGCAGUGCAGGAAUCUUUUGCCUGACAUGGGGCUUGAACCCAUGGCCCCAGAGAUUAAGAGUCUUGUGCUCUAACAACUGAGCUAUCCCAUUAAAUAUGUGUUAAGAAGUCCCAUGCCCAUAAGAGGAGUUGCCUGGAAGCACAAAAGCUCGCAACUCUUUUCUUACCUGCUCCUGCAAACCUCCAAAAGUUGCCCCCGUGAUCUUCACCCCUGGCAACACUGGGGGGACCAAGCCACAUCACGUCUGGCCCUAAACUCACAAGCAGGGCUGUGUUGGUCCCCUGACACUCUUCCCCAGUCUUCACACGAUAUAUGGCCACCCUUGGUGCCUCCAUCAGGAGACCUGCUUGUCCACUGUGAGAACCCCUUUGCAGGGGUAGCAAACACAGCACCCUCUCUAGAUGCUGUGGGGCUCCCAACUCGUAUCAGCCCCAGCCAUCUAGGGCCAAUGGUCAGGAAUACGAUUGGAGUUGUAGUCCAACAGCAUCUGAAGGGUGCCCUGGUAGCUACCCGUAGAUUAAGGGACGAUGCCUCUGAGCUAAGAUGUUUCCCCUUCCCCCAAAAUGGCCUUACCGAUGGCAUCGCAUUCCUAACCUUUUUCAGGCGGUGCUAGGGAGAACAGGAAGCAGAAGAAUCUAGAAAACAUCCAGGUUGGAAAUCAGUGUGCCGCUUCAGGUCUGUGUCAGGUUGGCCAUCUUUGUCCUGUGUCUUGUGGGCUGAUUUUAGAUUCCUCACCUGCUGAGACUAAAAUGGCCGCUCUGACUCAGGGUAAAGGCUCUCCCACAUUAGUACCAAGUUCCCUCUGUAUAUUCUGAGGAAAACAGCAGGAGACGAUGGGGGCCAGAUUUAAAAACAACAAGAAGCACCACCGACCAGAUUACCACAUAAAGGGAGGAUAACCGUUGCCAAUUCUUCUGAUCUGCCAAAAUGAAAGAGAUGUAUAAAACUAAAAAGGAAGAGUGGGUGGGGUGGGGAAGAGGAAAUGAUCUUAAAAACAAAAACCCACCACUGCACCCAACUCUCCGUCUAUGUGGAUGAGUGAUUCUUAGGGUGGGGGUUGAAAGUAAGUAAAUAGCAGUGGGUGGGUAGAUGGAUGAAAGGAUAGGGAAUGUGAGUAUUCAAGGAAUGGGGGUGGGAAGGGUGGCAAUAGGCUGCGUAAGGAUGCAUUGGGGAGGAUGGACUGAGGUGUCAUGGACUGGGGGGGGGAGUGGCUGGUCAGAGAUGUUACUGUGGGCUGACUGUAAGGGGUGAUACUUUAAUGGAAGGGUUGUGGGAAGGAGUAUGUAAAGAUGGGGAGAGCAUUUAAAUAUCAGAACUUAAAAAAAAAAUCUCCAAAAUUCUGCAAUGGUAAUAAAUUGUGCAUAUUUGCAUACAUUGAA